CCAUCGGCCGCCGCCUUUCGCUUCGCUCGCCGUGAUCGCAGCUACAGCCACGGACGCCAUGUUGAACCUCAAGCGGAACGCCGUGCUCGGCCUCAACCUCUAUUGCGGUGGCGGCCCCUCCAUGGCCCCCGCCUCGCCCUCGUCGCCCGGAGUGGGGGGAGGCGGCAGCGCCGGCUCCUCCGCCGCCCCCAGCCCCGCCGAGGAGCCCGCCGUGCUGCUGGGCGGGGGGGCGCCCAACGGCUGCUCUGAGGCCCCCCGCUCGCUGAUUGGCUGCCCGCCGGCCCCCCGCGCGCUGAUUGGCGGCGCCGCGCGGUGGCGGCCCGAGGAGGAGCUGGACGGCUGCGAGCCCGAGGCCGAGGACGAGCUGCGCCGGGCCUCGCUGGCGCUCAUCAGCCGCUACCUGCGCGAGGCUGCGGGCGCCGUCGACUCGGGCCCCGGCGGCAAGAACUUGUUCAAGGGGCUGCUGGGCGCCGGCGGCCGGGCCGCGGAGCCCGGCCUGGAGCGAGCGCUAGACACGCUGCGGAGGGUCGGCGACGGCGUUCUGCAGAAGCACCAGCUGGCCUUCCAGGGGAUGCUCCGGAAGCUAGAAAUCAGGAAUGAGGAGGAUCUGCAGUCUGUAUCAGCAGUUGCAACCCACAUGUUCAGUGAUGGGAUAACAAACUGGGGGAGAGUGGUGACACUCAUCUCUUUUGGUGCCUUUGUUGUAAAGCACCUGAAAAGCAUAAACCAGGAGAACUGCAUCAACACGUUAGCAGGGAUCAUCACAGAUUUGCUUGUGACAGACAAACGAGACUGGCUAGUCAGCCAACGAGGCUGGGAGGGAUUUGUUGAAUUCUUCCAUGUAGAGGAUCUAGAAGGUAGCAUCAGAAAUGUUCUGAUGGCCUUUGCAGGCGUGGCUGGACUGGGAGCAAGCUUGGCGUAUAUGAUACGGUGAGCCCCGGAACAUGGGGUCAGUGACUGAAUUCCAAGUGAGCUAGUACUUGAGACUGGAGCUAGUCACCUGCACGCUUUCAACUGUGGAGUAUUUACGAAUAUGUUCUUGAGGGAUCACAUCUGGGAAUCCCAUUGGUCCUCUUGCGUACAGGAAGGUUGUCAUCCAAUCAGAGUGAGGAUACCAACAAGGAUUUUCUUUUGCUAACGGGAGCAGAAAAUGGAGGGAUAAAAAAAACAAGGACAGUAUUCCACUUCUUUCAAGCCAGAAUCACAACUGAAAGCAUAAGAGGACUAGAAAUAGACUUUUUUUUUUUUUUAAAUCCCUAGCGGAAUGGUUCCUCUAAGCAAGUCUAAUAUGCGCACCAGGAGUUUGUUUUGGUUUUCUUUUAUUUGUUGUCUUGGACUUCAUGAGUUUAUUAGAUUUGGAAUGAUGGCCGUGUUUGGAAUGGGUUUCUUUUUAAUUUAGCACAGUCCUGACUGUAGGCUACUGGGAAUUAAAUAGGGCCUUAGCAUUCAUUAGGUCUGGAACGAUCAGCUUUCUUGUUAAACUAGAAGCAUUCGUAUGCCAAUCGUCACAUACAUUCCAUGAGCAAAAGAAGGGUUCAGUUGCCUUGAAAGCCAAAAGCCCUGACCUCCUUGCUGUAGCUACUUUACUAUUGAUAGCCUGUUAAAAGGCCUCAGCCUAUUGUAUGUUAGCUCUCUAGGCAGUAACAAUUGCCCCCUCAGAUCACAAGAACAUCUGAGGCUAAAGAUGAGGUGGGGAGUACAUUUGUAAGUAUGUAAAAACUUGUGGGUGGGGAGGCUGUACAGAAAGAACCGUGUAAAUGUCUAUGAAACUGUAGCAUAUGUACAUUUUUACAAAGAUUUAUCUCUUUUUUGAUAAAGGUGUAAUGAGGACUUUUGAAUAUGGCUCCAGAAUUGUGACUACUUCCCAGACAUUGUAGCAUUUUUCUAUAGCCAAACCUCUCUUGACUUGCCUUCCAGAAGCUCUCUUCCUUGUGGUCUGGUGACAAUACUACUUCCUUGGUAUAAAGAUCAGGAACCCAGUUGGUUCUCUGUGUCCUGUCACUUUUUCUGGCAACUGUUUAAGAUUCUAAUUUUAUUUUUUAUCUAGUUCAGGAUAAUUUCUAACUUUGGGGGUGCCCAUCCUAGCAACAGCCAAUGGCAGUUGUUUCCUUUUCCUUCUGCAUUUAUUUUUUAACUAUUUCUUAAAGACCCAACUUGAAGGUGAACUUCUACUUGAAUGUAACAAUCUCUGCAACAAUAAAAACAGCUGAGUUGGAUUGAAUCUUUGAUCAAUACUAUGCAUCCCUUAACCUGACAGUCUAAAUUCAGUCCUUCAGCGGGUUAAACUUCAGGCUGGACAUGGCUGGCAGGGUGAUUGGAUGUUGAGUUUUAGAGCUCUGUUCAGCAGCUGGUUUGUUACCUGUUCUGUAGAGCCGCUUCACUCGAAUUUGGUCGGAGUGAGGUUUGAAUGCAGUGAGGAUUAACCUGCCUAGUGCUGGAAGCUAAUGUAAAACUAAAUUGAGACUAAACAUGGUGCUAACAUGAGGCUUGCUUAUUUACUCAAGUGAGCAUCCUGGGUUUGUCAAUAAAUGAUGUUUUUCUGUUCCGUUA